AUGCAAGCUCUAAAUAAGAACACAACAAACUUUUCAAACUAUUCUAAGAUAUCUGAGUCAUUGAAAGAAGGAAACUUAAAACUGACAUUAAACCCAAUGACAGAUGAGUUUCUAUUUCAAGACAAGAAGAACAAUACUGUCUGUAUAAAUCCAACAAAAGGAACUUUAAACGAGAAACCUAUAAAUGAACUUCUUUUGAAAGCAGAUGUUGACAACAAAGCUGACAAAGAAUAUGUAGACGAUGCAAUAGCAAAAGAAGAAGAAAGAGCUAACAAUGCUUAUGCAACAAAAGAACAUACUCAUCCUGAACUAGCAGACAAAACAUAUGUUGACAAUAAAAUGUCAAGUGAAGUGACGAGAGCUGAAAACGAAUAUUCUAAAAGGACUCAUACACAUACCAUUGCAAAUAUUACAAACUUACAAGAAACCUUAAACAGGAAAAGUGCCGUUGGACAUACACAUACAUCUUCUGAAAUAACAGACUUAAACGUUAGCCUUGAAAAGAAAGCAGACAAGAACCAUACACAUACAAGUUUUACAACUGUUGCUAUAGAAAGUAUUGAAGGAACGGUUGAAGAAACUGGUGGGGAUGCAAUAUAUUGUAAACCUCCUAACUUUCCACAAGGUUUAACAUCGGAUGACGACAUAACGACGAUGAGAAACAUUAGAUGUAAAGAUGUUUAUGUCAUGAAGGAUGAACAUAAUAUUAAAUUCACUGCUCAAGAUUUAUAUGACAAGAAAGCAGACAAAACAGAGCUUCAAACAUUAAAGACAGAAAUGCUUCAAACAUUAUAUCCUAUAGGCUCUAUUUAUACGUCAAUGAACUCUACCAGACCAGAAACAGUUCUGGGU